AUGGGUUCUGGAAGCAGUGUUGCAGCACCACAACGAGAGGUGUCACAUGUAUCCAGGGGUAAACCAGCUGAAGAAACAAAAACAGCGACACAUGAAUUCGACUCUUGUCUACCGUAUACAAAUUUUAGGGAUUUAUUUACACUGAAAAAUUACUGGAAAGUUGUACGUCGAAAUGAGAGAGAAAGUGGAAAAGCUCUGGUUUCGAAAUAUCUUAAGAGUAAUCCGGACAAUAAAAAAUUAUAUGAACGAUUGAAAAACAUUAAUUUGGCAACCGUUGACAGUUCAACAGUAGAUCCUGGUUUUGAAAAAGUUUCUGCUGCUUAUCUUAAGGUAUUCGAUGAAGUAAUCACUGCUGUAGAGGAAAAACCAGCAGAUGUUUCAGAAGCCUGUGAGCGGCUAAAAGGCAUUGGAAAGAUGCAUAAAACUAAGGUCUCUUCCAUGGAUGCUGGAGACUUCCAAAAAUUGGAGGAACCAUUUUUGAACAUGAUAAACGAUGUGUUACAGGACCGUUACAACGAGAAGGUUGAUACGUUGUUCAGAAAAUUCUUUCAGUUUUGCCUAAAGUACAUUUUAGAAGGAUAUAAUUCGUAG